AUGGAUAAAUACACCCUCCCCAGUAAACCACAGGCGAAUCCCAACGCCAUCGUCUCUGGCCAAAACUAUCGCUUCACCAUCCUGACCGACCGACUGAUUCGCUAUGAAUGGGCUGCCGAUGGCACAUUCGAAGACCGCGCAUCCACCUUCGCCAUCAACCGCGACCUGCCCCUUCCCGAAUUCAAAGUCAUCAACGGCGACAGUCUAGACAUCAUCACGAAGUAUUUCCAUCUCAGCUAUGACAAGAACCGAUUCAGCCCGGGUGGCUUCGUCGUAGAAACCAACGCCAAAACCACCGACUGGGGCGCUCCAUGGCGGUUUGGCCUCCCAUCCAACUUGAAUCUGGGCGGGACAGCCAGAACGCUGGACGAUGUCAACGGUCGCUGCGAUAUGGGCGAGGGCAUCAUGUCCAAAGCAGGAUUCGCAGCGAUUGACGAUUCGCAGUCGAUGCUGUUUGACGGCAAGGGAUUCGUGGCGGGGCGAGAGGCAGGCGAUCGCAUCGACGGCUAUCUCUUCUGCUAUGGGCGCGACUACAAAGCAGCCAUCAAGGCGUUCUAUGCAGUGUCUGGCAAGCAGCCUUCCCUUCCUCGUUAUGCGCUGGGCAACUGGUGGAGUCGGUAUUACGCAUAUCAACAGGAGGAAUAUCUCCAGCUGAUGGACAACUUCCGAGCACACGAUAUCCCCAUGUCGGUCGCGGUGAUUGACAUGGACUGGCAUCUGGUGGCCGAUGAGAAAGUGCCUCAUGCCGGCUGGACGGGGUAUACGUGGGAUAAGAAGCUCUUCCCAGACCCCAAAGCGUUUGGCGAUGAGCUUCACAGGCGCAAUCUCAAGAUUACACUGAACGAUCAUCCUCAUCUGGGAAUUCACUCGCACGAAGAGUCGUACGAGGAGAUGGCGCAGUUCCUCGGCCACGAGACCAAGGAUAAAACACCCAUUCUGUUCAACCCGACCGAUCCCAAGUUCAUGGAUGCGUAUCUGAAUAUCCUUCAUCGCAACCUGGAAAAGAUCGCCUGCGACUUCUGGUGGGUGGACUGGCAGCAGGGACCGUAUUCGAAGGUGCCUGGCAUUGAUCCUCUGUGGAUGCUGAACCACUUCCAAUACCUCGACGGCGCACGAGAUGGGAAAACACCGCUCAUCUUCUCGAGAUACGCUGGCCCAGGCAGUCAUCGCUACCCCGUUGGUUUCUCCGGCGAUACUUUUGUGACGUGGGAAUCACUUGAAUUCCAGCCUGAAUUCACCGCGACCGCAUCCAACAUCGGCUACGGAUGGUGGAGUCACGAUAUCGGAGGCCAUCUGUUUGGUGGUCGCGAUGAUGAACUCGUGACGCGUUGGUUCCAGUUUGGUGUUUUCUCGCCUAUCAUGAGAUUGCAUUCGUGUAAUUCUCGCUGGAUGUCGAAAGAGCCGUGGCUGUAUCGCGGAGAAUCCGAGGCCAUCAUGUCUGAAUUCAUGAGACUCAGACAUCGCCUCGUUCCAUUCCUUUAUACACAGAACAUCAGCUGCUCCACCGAGGAUGAACCGCUUGUGCAGCCCAUCUACUGGUCAUACCCGGACAAUGAAGAGGCAUACGCCUAUCCCACCCAGUACUUCUUCACCUCUGAACUCAUGGUUGCGCCUAUUGUCCAGCCUCGGAACAAGCAGAGCAACCUUGGAGCUGUCAAGGCUUGGUUGCCUCCUCGUCGCCAUGUCGACAUCCUCAACGGCAUCGUGUACGAUGGAGAUCGCGAGACGACUCUCUACAGAGGGCUGGAUGAGUAUCCUGUCCUGGCUCAUGAGGGAUCGAUCAUUCCAUUAGAUGCAGAGGCUGCUCCUAAGAACGGCUGCACCAACCCAACUGCAUACGAAGUUCUCGUUGUCGUUGGCCAGGAUGGCGAAGCCAGUGUGAUUGAAGAUCCCAAAGAUGAUGAAACGUCUUCCACAUCUGAUCAACGGAAAUACACGAUUAAAUUCGACCAGAACGACGGAAAGGUGUCUGCUACCGUGGCGGGCAAAUCGUGGUCAUUCCGCUUCCUGGCAGUCACGUCCAUUCCCAAGGACCUCCGAGUCACCAUAAACGGGGCCGAUCGCACCAAGGAGGCCUCAGUAAAGGUGGAAAUCUAUCCAAAGACGCCAAGUCUGGUGGUUGAAUGUCCCUCUCUAUCCGACGGGGACAACGAAAUCGUCAUCGAGCUCGGUGCCAACCCCCAACUGAGUGUUAUGGACCACAAAGCACGUAUCGAGAAGCUCCUCAUGGACUACCAGAUCGAGUUCAAGUUGAAAGAUAGACUGUGGGAAAUUGUGGAGAGUUUAAAGAAGCACCCUAUCAACAGUUCGAUUGGAAAGUUGAUGGCGUUGGGAUAUGAUGAAGCUAUUACCGGGCCUAUUGCCGAGUUGCUGUUGGCUGAUAGUCGUGCUGUUCAUGUUUAG